GAAUUAUGUUGUAUUAAAGAAGAAUGUGCUGAUCUUAAAAUUCGUGUAUAUUUACUUGAAAAAGAAUUACGUGCUAAUCGUUUAACAUUAGAUAGUCGUACUGUUGCUGAACGUGCAUUACGUGCUCAUCUUGAUGCAUUAAUUAUUGAACAAAAUAAUCAGUAUUCAAUAUUAAAUGAUAAUAAGUUAAAAUUAUCACAAACGACAACAAUGGCGACGUCGACGACGACGACGACAACAGCAACAACAACAGGAACAGGAAUAACAACAACAUUAACCAAUCAAUCUAUACAGAAUAUUAAUCAAAAUGAAAUAGUUUUAUUAAGAGGUCAAGUCAAGAAUUUAUUACAAGCUCUUGAAGCAUUACGUAGUAGUACAGAAAUACAACAAAUACAAAGUGAAGAAUUAGUGAAUGAUUUAAAACGUGCUAAUAGUGCAUUAAUUAAAGCAUUUGAUAAAAUAAAACAUAAAUAUACAACACGUAUUAAAAAAUUAGAAGAUCAAUUAAAUUCUAUGCAUUCUAUUCCUUCAUCCACAUGUUCUACAUCAUGUCAUACUACUAUUAAUACUACUAAUACUACUACUACUACUAGUUGUAGUAGUACAACUACUACUCAUAAUAAUUAUUUAAGUAAUACAUUCAAAGGAUGUAUGAUAGAACAUCAUAAUAUCAAUGAAAUAUCAAAAGCAUCUAUUAUAUUAAAUGAUAUGAAUAAUGUAAAUAUAAAUUCUCAAAUUCAUCCCAUUUAUCCUAUGCAAAGUGCUUUACAACAACAACAACAACAACCUGUAAUAACAACAUCAACAGAUUCAUUGAAUAUACCUUCAAUAAUUGAUUGUAAUCGUAAUUUAUCAUCAAUACCGACAUCUCAUAUCCCUCCUAUUCCUCAACAUCAACAUCAACAAUAUCCACUGCAUCAUCAACAUGAUCAUCAUUAUUAUCCACAAAUUAAACAACAACCUAUGAUAUUGAAUACAUCUCAAUUGAGAACAACACCACUUUCAACUAAUUCAUUAUCACAACAGUUUUCUAAUUUAAAACAUUUUCCUACUCAUUGAAAUAUCAUUCAAUUUUUCCUUUUACUUCAUUGUACAUAUAUAUAGGUCAUCAAUCAAAUCAGUAAAGCUAACUUUUUCCCCUCCUCCUCCUCCUCCUCCUUCUUCUUCUUCUUCUUCUUCUUCUUCUUCUUCUUCUUCUCCUUCUCCACCACGACCACGACCACCACCUCCUCAUUCUCCUCCUCCUCCUCCUGCUACUACUACUACUUCAAAUUCUUAUACGAUUCUUGUUUCCCUUCUUUCUUUCUUUUUUUGUAUGUGAAUACUUAGUAACAAUAACAAUUCAGAUAGUUAUAUUAUCUCUUGUUUCCUUUCUUCUCUUUUUUUUCAUAUUUUCCGCGGUUUGUUUUGUUUUUAGCGGGAAAUGAUAUUCUAACCGAUAAUGUGGUGUUUUUACUACUGAACUACUCUUUUAUUCAAUAUAUAUUUAUAUACUACUCAUUGUACUACUUAUAUAUUCAUUACAUACAUUGAAUGAUCCGUGAUGAUUUUCAAUAUGCCUUAUGAGGAUAAGAUUUAUCAUUUUCAUAUAUUGAUUAAUUGAUUUAAAUCAUUAAAAGGAAUAGAAUAUGAUUUAUGCUUUUGAUUUGCAUUUUGUUGUUGUUGUUGUUGCUGUUGUUGCUGUGGUAGUUCUUUCACAUUGUACUCAUUCUAACUAAUCAAUAUGUUAUGAUGGUGAUGAUGAUGCAUUUGUUUUAAUCUUUUCUUUUUUUCUCCUCCCCUCUCUCUCUCUCUUUAUCUCUCUUGGAAACAAAACAAAAUAGGAAAUAAUCAGAGAAAGGGUGGGGGGGGGUUGAAAUUUUAUAAGUCAAUUAAAGUUAGAUCAUCAUUAAAAAAACAUGAACGUAUUAGAUGGUUGUUUCGUUCUAGUAGGGAACUUGUCAACAGGAUGAAAUGGUCAUCCAAUAUUAUCAGGUUUUCUAUGCUAAUCUAACUUUAAUUGAUUCAUAGAAAUUCAAUUAUUAAAACAAAGAAAUGAUAUCAUCUUUGAUAUCUUCUUUUCUUUACCUCUUCUUGAUGAAGCCUUCUAUCCCACUGACAUAUAUAUAUA